CAGCCAAGAAACAAACGUAGCAUCUCCUCCCCCCGCUUCCUUCCGGUGGGAGACGAGGCGAGACGCGCCUCGGUUUUAUCCGCGUCCCUAGCUUAGAGAGAGAGAGAGAGAGAAAGAGAGAGAGAAGGGCGUUUGACCUGUGACCCCGGCGGCGGCGGCGGCGACGACGAGCGCGCCAUGGCAGGUUCACCACCAAAGCCGUGGGAACGUGCUGGGGCUGAGGGAACUUCUGGCCCAGCACCUUUUAAGCCCCCAUCUGGUGGCACCACUAGCGAUGUAGUUGAAGCUUCUGGUACAGCUAAACCCGGAGAAACCGUCACCGCGACAGAGAGGAACCUCUCUGCCAAUGUAAAUAACCCUGUCUCGAGGCCUAUGCCACAACGUCCGUGGCAGCAGACAUCUGGCUAUGGAAAUACUUAUGGAGGUUAUGGAUCCAAUAUGUACAGUUCGUACGGUGGAUUUGGCAAUACCUAUGGUAGUGGUGGACUCUACGGAAAUAGCAUGUAUUCUAGUUAUGGUGGAGGUUAUGGUGGUAGCCUUUACGGAGGUUCUGGGAUGUAUGGUGGAGGCAUGUAUAACAGUGGGUUGGGAGGCUCUUAUGGUGGUUACGGCAUGGGUGGCAUGGGUGGCAUGGGUGGUAUGGGCGGUAUGGGCAUGGGCCCUUACGGUAACCAGGAUCCGAAUUCAUUUGGCCCUCCUGCACCACCACCAAGUGUCUGGGUGUCCUUCCUACGAGUGAUGCAUGGUGUUGUCAAUUUCUUUGGGCGAGUUGCAUUCCUUGUUGAGCAGAACACACAAGCAUUCUAUUUGUUUAUCACAGCUAUGUUGCAGCUCUUUGAUCGGUCUGGGAUGCUUUAUGGCGAACUUGCCAGAUUUGUCUUGCGCAUGUUAGGAAUCCGAACAAAGUCAAAGAAGGGCAAGGUUCAGGGCCCAGAUACCCCAGCUUUCGAGGGACCUGCGCAGCAGUUCAUUGAGGCACCAAAAGGGAACAACUCAUGGGACAACGUUUGGGGAAACUGAGACGCCUUCUAUAUAAUGCAAAAUUUAAGUUGAACAUACAGUUUACAAAGGAAUUAUCAUGGCAUGAGAGGUUGCAUGUCAGCAGUGAAUCGAAACGAAGAGUACUGUUGUUAAGGUGAAUUACCUGCUGGAAUCGGGUUGACAGAUAGAUACUCUACUUUCUGAAUUUCACGCCGAUCUGUGAUAUAUCCGAGUCCUAGUGGACAGGUCCAAGAUGUUGUGGGCAGGUACAGUUUUUGCCCAGAUGAUGCAAUGGUAUUUAAAGUAAGUAUGUUGUAUCUUGUGGGUAAUCAAUACUGUACCUGGAAGAGUUGGGCAAAAUGUAUUAAUGUAUCGUUUUCCUUGUUUUUCAUCAUAACAUAUGGAGUUGAUUUUGACUGAAGUUUGCCUCGGACGUGCUGGUGGAGUGGUGGUACUUCAUCAGGACUGUCAUGCAAAUGCUUUGGUUUGUUCUCUGUACAUUCCUGGUCACUGAGAAUUGCAGCAACAUAUAAACUCAAAUCUCCAAUUGUUUCCGCUACAAAUUGAACCAAACAACUUUGUGCUGAAUCAUCUAUAUCACCUGAUAGUCUGUCGACUGUACCGCAUCGGAGCAGGUUAAAAGCAAUCGAAUGAACAGGCAGUGCAGGAAAACAACUAUUCCGAAAAACUGUCAUCACUAAUAAAGUACCCAGAAAAAGUAGCAAAACUGCCAAAACCGCCACGUCCGUAGCACGCUAAAACCUCUGAUGAAUUCCGAGACAAAAGCUGCCGCAGUUAUCUCCAACGAAAAUACCAAAACAUUCGGCAGAGAAAUGGACAAAUAAAAGCCAUUUUUUGUGAUAAAGGGAGGAGAUAAACCCAGUGCAGAAACAAAUUCCUAGACAAGUGAAUUUUCUUUUCUGGGGCUGGAAGAGCAGGAAUGGAGGUGCAGGAGAGGAUGAGGAAGCAGUGUAGGAGAGCCAUCCUCUCUGCACACCUCCAAUAGCUCAUCCAAACAACAGCUAUCUCACUCUCCCUCCAUGUCUCUACACUCUAGCAAUUCAACAAUUAUUUUCCUUUGUUUUGUCUUCAUCUACAAAUGCUUGGUCAUCACCCUCAUCUCUUAUAUUACUCUCACUUCCACCACACCCUCCAUUUCUUGCUUCCAUUUGUCUUGCUUGGCUCUUCACUCUCCCCCUGUUCCUGCAGGGGUCAGGCACUGCCUGCUACAAGAGUGGUGUAGGUGAUUCGGCUAGCUCAGCGCGAAGAUGGGGGAGAUCACCAAUGUCACGGAGUACCAGGCCAUCGCGAAGCAGAAGCUUCCGAAGAUGAUCUACGACUACUAUGCAUCUGGGGCCGAGGACGAGUGGACUCUCCAGGAGAACAGGGAGGCCUUCGCCAGGAUCCUGUUUCGCCCACGCAUACUGAUCGACGUAUCCAAGAUUGACAUGGCCACAACAGUCCUGGGGUUCAAGAUUUCAAUGCCCAUUAUGAUUGCUCCCUCUGCCAUGCAGAAGAUGGCUCACCCAGAUGGAGAGUAUGCAACUGCGCGUGCUGCAUCAGCAGCGGGCACUAUAAUGACAUUGUCAUCAUGGGCUACUUCAAGCGUUGAGGAGGUUGCCUCAACUGGACCAGGGAUUCGUUUCUUCCAGCUUUAUGUAAACACACUACACAAUCUCUGCUAAUACUAUUAGUUUCUUCGUUUGAUUGUCCUUAUCAAGGAUCAUGUACCUUGGAUCUCUGUAGGUUUACAAAGACAGGAGGGUGGUGGAGCAGCUUGUUAGGAGAGCUGAAAGGGCUGGAUUCAAGGCGAUUGCGCUUACGGUGGAUACUCCGCGACUUGGCCGUAGGGAGGCUGACAUCAAGAACAGGUUUGUUCUGCCACCAUUUUUGACACUGAAGAACUUUGAAGGCCUGGAGCUGGGGAAAAUGGACCAGGCUAGCGAUUCAGGACUGGCUUCUUACGUCGCCGGGCAAAUCGAUCGCACCCUGAGCUGGAAGGAUGUGAAGUGGCUGCAGACCAUCACCACGCUGCCGAUCCUGGUGAAGGGAGUGAUCACUGCAGAAGACAGUAAAGCCAUUGCCUCAUCUCUACAUUACAUGCUCCGAUCAUUAACUCGAAUGCAAAGCCACUGACAGUGUGAUCGAAUUGCAGCGAGGCUCGCCGUGGAGAACGGCGCGGCCGGCAUCAUCGUGUCCAACCACGGCGCCCGCCAGCUGGACUACGUCCCGGCCACCAUCAGCGCCCUCGAGGAGGUUGUGAAGGCGGCUCGCGGGCAGCUCCCCGUCUUCCUCGACGGCGGCGUCCGCCGCGGCACCGACGUCUUCAAGGCGCUCGCCCUCGGCGCCGCCGGCGUCUUCAUCGGGAGGCCGGUGGUGUUCUCGCUGGCGGCGGCGGGGGAGGCCGGAGUCCGGAACGUGCUGCAGAUGCUCCGCGACGAGUUCGAGCUCACCAUGGCGCUCAGCGGCUGCACCUCCCUCGCCGACAUCACCCGCAACCACGUCAUCACCGAGGCCGACAAGCUCGGCGUCAUGCCGUCUCGCUUGUAAACAACAACGACGGCGAACUUGUCGCCGUCGAUCGAUCACCGGCCGGCCGCCGCGACACGCUUUGCCGGCCGACGGAUGAUCGGCCGGGAAUGAAGAAGAAGGUAGUAGCUGCCGAAGAAAAGAUUGGAAGAUGCAAAGUUCUAUAAUUUUGGAUGAUGCUGCGUCAUGUACUUUUGUUAAUUGUCGAGUGAUUGAUCACCUGUACCUAAUUAAAUGGUUUAUUGGAUUAUUGGCGGUUUAUACUAAACGAACAAAUUAAUACCAUACGGUCUCUUCGUGAUUGCAAAUA